ACCAUUUUUUCAGGGGCGACGGACCCCAUCAGGAAGCACCGACACUUCCAGCUCACCUUGCCCGGCGAUGGAGGUCCGCCGUUAGAGGCUUGGGAGCUAGGGAGGGUCGAGGGGGAGGGGGGGGUCGGCCGCAGUUUCGCCAAAAUUACGACGGGAAUCAGGUACAGCUCCCUGUCUCCCGGCAACGGGAGAGACCAGCGGGCGCUCGUGAUGUCUCGUGCCAAGGAGCGACUGAAAGGCGGGAAGGAGACCAAGGACAGCGUCACCCUGCUGCCCUGCUUCUAUUUCGUAGAGCUCCCUAUUCUGGCCUCCUCUAUUGUCAGUCUUUACUUCCUGGAGCUGACGGAUAUUUUCCAGCCGGUGCAUUCUGGGUACAGUUGUAAUGAUCGCAGUCUAUCUCUGCCAUACAUCCUCCCAAGACAGGAAGUCUGUCCAUUGCCUUUGCUCUUCAGCCUGGCCUUCGCUGCACCUACUGUCACUAUUCUGAUAGGAGAGGCAAUCCUGUACUGCUAUCUGUCCAGGAAGUCAUCAGCCAGUCAGACUGAGGCCAACAUCAAUGCUGCAGGCUGCAAUUUCAACUCCUACAUUCGCAGGGCUGUACGCUUCAUAGGUGUCCAUAUCUUUGGCCUGUGUGUGACAGCACUGAUAACAGACAUUCUUCAGCUAUCCACUGGCCAGCAUACUCCCUAUUGGCUGGAUGUAUGCAAACCUAACCUGACCCACCUUAACAUGUCCACCUGUGAUGAAGCGUUUAUCCUAGAGGAUAUCUGCUCUGGACAGGACAUAGGGCUCAUCAAUGCUGGCAGGAAAUCUUUCCCCUCCCAGCAUGCUACUCUGGCUGCCUUUGCUGCUGUCUACAUCUCAAUGUACUUCAACACGGUGUUGACUGACUCAGCCAAGCUGCUGAAGCCUCUCCUAGUGUUCUCCUUCGUCAUGCUGGCCAUCCUGGCUGGGUUAACCAGGAUCAUCCAGUUUAGAAACCACCCUGUUGAUGUAUACUGUGGGUGGGUGCUGGGAGCUGCCAUUGCUGUUUACCUGGGUGUGUACGCCGUGGGGAAUUUCCAGCCUAGUGAAGAUUGCUCCAGGAGUAGACAACCUGCCCCCAUACUGAGAGAGCCACCCCUCUCCUCCUUGCCCAAUGUCAGCCAGUCAGCAAUUGGCAACAGCCACCAAGGCCACCACACACUGGGUCCCAGCCAACCAGAACCUAUUAUUACAAGGACUUCUUCCCACCCCUUGGUCCCAGAGCAAACAGGACCCAUGCUAACGCGUAGCGCCUCCUGUCGAGAGCCGUCUAUGACCAAUUUGAAGAGAGCCAGUGCUGAAGUGGAGGUGAUAACUCCGUCCAGUCCGUUAGGCAACCGUGACAACAUGAUGACCUUCAGCAGCAGCACACUGCCAAGAUCCCACGGAGGUUCCUCGCUGGAGGAAGGUCGUAUUCCACGGCGUCACGCUUCCAUCCACGCCUCGAUGGACUCAACCCGGUCCAAACAGCUGCUCAGCCAAUGGAAGAACAAGAACGACAACAGGAAGCUGUCUCUGCAGGUGAUAGACGGUAUAAGGCCAGCCUCCUCUUCGUCUCCUCAGAGGAACAUGGAGCUGCGCUGCUCCUCUGAGCCGUCUGCCAUGGGUCUGGAGGUGGAGCUCCGCGGUGGAACCCACCUGCCUAUAGCCACAGGCCAGGAAGCUGAGCUGCGUGCUGGGGCGCACAUCCCAGUUCAGUACAUGAAACUAGCAGCUAGCUCUGUUCCUAUGGCCAAUCAUAAUCAUCUGUCCCAUAAUGGGAGCACUGCAGUGACUGGUGGGGCCAGAGUAUCUAUCCAGUCCCGACCUGGAUCCUCUCAGCUCGUUCAUAUCCCAGAGGAGGAAAAUCCCACCAGCAAGGAUCAGGAGAGUGAAUCCGAGGACAGCAUCAUGGACGGGGGUGGGUCAGUGAGAGAAAAGUGGCUGAGAGUGACGGAGAAGACCACCAUCCCUUGCAGGCCUCUCAGUGCUGGAGGACAGCCACGUCUCAUGCAGGUCAUAGCCUUAUCUAAACAACAGGGUCUGCUUCACUCUCCUCGGUCAGAGGACGGUGGCAGCACUGUCAGUUGCACCGGAUCCAUUCGGUACCGAGCCCUGACAGACCAGGAUCCAUCUCCACCCGCUUCCACCACUGGAGCCGUGGGAGGAGGGGGAGGUUUGGAGAGAACUGGGAGUAUAGUUCGUGUUGAAGCCCACCCAGAGUCCAGAUCAAACAAACCAAUAGUGAAACCUCCGAGCACUGAUGGAAGUGGCUCCUGGCGAUGGAAACCACCAGAACAAAGAGCUUCCCUUCGGCAGUCGGCUUUCAACCUCAAUGACCUGAACAGACACACGGACAGCUGCGAUUCACUGAAGGACGGUGGAUCGGUGGAUGGGAGGAGAAGUGUCACGGGGACAGAAACAGAGAGCGAUGGGGGUGGGGACGCAGGGGGCGGUGGAAUGGGAGGAGGAGGAGGUGUUUACACCAGCCAUCCACAUGUUGUGCACCCAUUACAUCCCUUACAUCCAAAUAAUCCCAACAACUACCAGCACCUCAGUUUUAAUCCUAACAAUUCCAAUAAUCCCAUUUUUAACAACGCUCACCCUAACUUUAAUCCUCCUUCUAACAACUCGAACAUGCCGUUCACACCCACUGCCACCUUUGCUCCUCCCUUCCACCCCCACCCUCAAGCAGUCACCACUAUCAGGGUUACACCAGUGGAGGCGACAGCUGCCAGCAGCGAUGGCGGCUCGGACUGCCAGUCGGUUGCCUCAUCCAGCCGUGAAUCCACCUUGAGAAGGAAGAGCAGCAGCAACGUGGUCCACGUCCAGGAUCGAGGGCCUACCCCUGAAUUCCACAACAACCACCGCCUUUGUGAUGACAGCAACCGCCUUGACAACGAAAGCAGCAACCGCUUUCACGAAAACCUGCGAAGCUUUCAAGAGAACCCCAACCACCCCAACCACCCCAACAGGCAGCUGCAGGGAGUGUUUGGGCGUCCAAGCCCCACCCCUCCCCCUACUUUACCCCGCCCAAUCCUGACUCACACUCCCCCGCCUACUUUUGGGCUGGCCUAUAAAGAAUAGCAUGUUCAGUGUGAGUUAUCCAUCUAUAACUACAAUUAUAAAAACAAGUAAACCAUUCUAGACCAAUGGGAAAUUUCUGGAGAUGAUGUGAACAACUCCACAAUCUGCUUACCACCUGCAGCCAAUAGGAGAUGGUAAAAGACAUUCACACGUUCUCAAAUGACCAAUCAGGCUACAAUAGAUGGCCACUUUUGUCCAGCUUAUUAAAUUCUGUUAGCAGCAGGUUAGAGAUCGACUUUGGUUCACAGGCCAUAGACGUCGAGUCCCAAUUUCCUCCUGGCCAACAUACAAGGAGUAGGUUGGACUGAGUUUGAGUCAACAUUUCUUCUUAUUUUACUACAUAUUUACAUAUUUUUAUCACGUAUCGCUGUACAAGCCAGAUAUUUCUUUUGUAAAUCUGAUAAAUUGAGUGCACUUGCUUCGUAGGCACAAAGAUAAGAGGCUUAAAUACACUGCUGGCCCUUUGACGCUGGUCUACGCUGGUAUUAUUACCCUGCCAGUGAGGACAGAUUCACACUAAUGACUCACUUUUGUCUGGCUGCAAAGGUCAGCUAAAACUGGGGUGACAUUUCUACACAUCCACGUUUUUGUCACACACAGGUAACAUCGAACAUCGUAACCACAUGCCCUUAGAUGGAAAUUUGUAUUCAAAGCCUAUAACUGUGAUUGUGUUUGUACAUAAGAGUGUGGGCAGCCACAGGGGAAAUUAAAUCCACUGUCUUACUUAUGUCUGGACUGCAAAGAGUCCCUUCUGGGUAAUAACAAUAUAUCUUAUUUGAUGGUGGUAUUGUGUUUGUGUUGAAUAAGAACAAUAUCAAGGGGCAUAUAUGGUGUUUAGAUACUAAAACAAGCACUUUUUUUCAUGCUGUGUUUUAUUGGUGCGCAGUGUAUAAAUGAUUCUUACUGUGUGGUAGUUGUACUGACACAUGCAGCAUCGCCUGCAUAAAGGAAGUUCAUUUGUUUCCUGUUCUUUAGUUUGAUUCCCAGCUCAUCGUCUUGGUAUUACAGCCACUCUAAGGAAGAAACAUAGAAUCAUUACAGAAUAAAGUUGGAACAGUUAUGAGAUAAAGUUUUAUAAGAAAAUGUUUUAUGAUGAAAAAGAUAAUAAUUAAACCCGCACGCUGAAGUAACAGUGAGGAUUUGUACUUUAAAGUGAAGAACGAGUAAAUAUAAGUGAAAUGCCAUUUUGUUCCAUUUUCAAAGAAAAUCAGAAUAUUUUAAGAGAAAAAGACUAAAAAGA